AAUGCUGUAGUGGUGACCACAGUCUAUGUUCAACAAUUCAACUGAAAACUGAAAUUCAACUGAAAACACUGAAACAACCACCGCUUGUCUUUGACACUACGCCCUAGACCUUGCUGUGUUUGAAUCUUUUUUUAACCGCAUCUUAUUUCUGCUGACAGUUUUAAACCAAAAGCACAAAUACAGAAAACAAACGACUGUAUAAUUGAACAGAAUGAGUGAUAGCGACAACUGAAACACUUCCCAUGUAACAGGAUUCAGCAGCAAGGCGGCCAACUACUUUCACGCCAUCUCUACAGGAGUGAUAGGCAGCUAUUUAUUUAACAGAAACUUCCCAAGAGCACAGCAUUCAGUACUGUCUGUAACAAACUAUAUGACAAAGACAACUUUCCCAGAGUGCAUAUUAAAAUGAAAUAUGUACAUCUUUGUAUUGAAACAUCAAGUGCUCAAAUCACAAACCACUCUUCUUCCAUCACUGCAGACUUUGCUCUGUUAAAACAAACAGGGUGUCAUUUGUCAUCAGACCUCAGUCUCAUAGCUCUCACUUCCUGUCAAGUGAGGCAAGCGAAGGUUCUGUAUUCUACCAGGCUGUGGCCUCGCAGCCUUCUACAGCGGUUGCCUUCUGGGCUUCAUGUACACCAAACUAUGGGGACCUCUCCCAACUGAGACACACCAACUCAUACAGGGUUUCUGAUUUUUGUGAACUUGGAGCAGGUUAAGGCCGGCCAGGAUUCGAGGGUUACAUCUUGUGUAGGCUCAGUCAUCAGGACACAGCAGAAUUCAGAUGUUAACAGGAAACAGCAAUGGAGGGAAAGCGUCUUGUUAUUGUGUCGUUUCUGUGGAUGCUGCCACGGGGACUGAAUGGCACAGUGACACUUCAACCUAACCUCCACUCUACCAACUUCAGAAGCAGUGAAGUUACUGCAACUUCGGACAAUAAAGUUUCACUCUUAGAAAUGGCUCAAGAGCCCCUCAACAACGCACCGGAUGAAGGACAACAUAGCACUGUAGCAUCUUCAGUUGAGUUGAAGCUCACAGUGAAAAGUGAACCACAGACUUCAGACCAGGUGUCGACCAGAAACAUUCUCAGCCACGAUCGGCCUUCAAUGCAGCCUUUGCGUAUGAGCACAAAGAGGAACUCCCAGUCACCUCAGGACCGCCAAACAACCAGAUAUAAAAACAAGUCUACGGUGGAGAUCACAGCAGAUGGAGCCCGGGAAACUUCGCCCGCUAUGUGGAAUCAACCUCUGGUAAGGCAAGUUACACCCUCCGGCAAGGACGAAGUUAGUCCAACAGCAUCACCUAGACCUUCUGAGUUGUCCACUCAAACAAACUCACCGACACCAAAUCAACCAACAGAGAUCCAAACGGGGCCUAUUCCGUCCAAUUCUCCAAUUUCGCAGUCCAAUGACUCCACAGGCAGGAACCGACCCACGCCAACUGUUGUUGAAUUUGGAGUGACACCGACUAGAGCGGAAUAUACUUUGAACACAGGUGGAGAGGCUCAACUAUCCAGGACCGCCUCCCAGGCCCCAGUCACAAGCAGGAGAUCAACCCCUUCACACCCCACUGAAAGAGGUCCAACAGGCCCAUCUGAGCUGCCUAGUGCUGCCACUUCCCCCACCACCCUACCUCCAACUACAGCCAUGACCAAAUCUUCAACCCACGUCUCCACUCCAUGGACGUCGACCAAGCCUGCCAAGACCCUUGCCACCACUGAAGCCUCUGUUACUUCUAGUGUUGACGUUACCAGCAGCAAGGGUCAAUCCACACCAAUGGUCCCCACUAAAAAAGAAGUUGCCACUGCCACCACCACGGCAAAAAAGAAACCAAAGCCUCCGACAAAAACUGCAAACAAAGACGAGCGAAAAAAUACGGGGAACCAUGGCUCAGCGGUGGCUGUACUGAUUGGUGGGACGCUGUUCAUGAUGCUGGUGGGUUUCGGGGUCAUCUUCGUGAGGAAGCAAAGACAACAGAGGAUCCAGCUGAAGAAUACAGCCUGGGCAGGCCCCUCUCCGUUUCUGGACGGUAGAGUCCAGUCUCAACAGGAUUAUGACGAUAGUGGUGAUGUCCAUCUGAGGGGCUCCAAUGGAAUCUCCUUCUCUGGCUUCCUGUCUCAGCAACUCUCCAAGAGGUUCUCUCUGAUCCAGGAUACUAACCAGGAAUUCCAGAUGGGUGAGAUUCCGUCAGGAAGUACAUUCGGAAGAGAGACUGUUUCAGAUUGUUAAACCGUGCAACGGGACUGCUGCGUUGAACAAAGAAAAUACUGAGGAGGUACAACUUCCAGACAACUCCUCAUCUCCUCCGCCACCGACGUCUUCAGAGACCACUGCCACAGCACCCACCCAUGACCAUCAGCCUCCUUCCUCCUUGCAGGAUGUUGAUCUGGGGUCAGACAAUGCUCCCAAUCGCUCUUCCUCUCAUACGCCACCAGAUAUCCCAGAAUCUGCUCCUCCACCACUGUUGGGUGUUCACCUGCGUCCCCCCUCAGACCAGGCCAGCCCCCCUCCACCAGAGAGCACAUAUUUCCCCAUCCCCCCGGACCCGCCUUUACCCAUCUCCAAGCAGUGACAGAUAGCAACACACAGGAAACCCAAUCUCCUCCCCCACCACCCAACAAAGGAAACCACUUUAACCAAGAAACUAAACUGAUGCUUAUCAGUGUUUUGCUUCCUCUAUCUAUACCUCUAUCUGAUGAAACAUUGAUGAAAUGGAUCUUCAACUAGGCUUAUAGCCAUAGUUUGAUUGUGAAAACCAAGCUAACCCUCUCCCUAUUCAACAGGAUAACUAACAUUGGCCACAAUAAUCAGCUUUUUUCCCUAUGAUCUUUCUUUGGUAUGAAGGCAACCAAACGUACACUCAGAAAGCUUUCCCAAAUGUUUUGAUUCAAGAUGUGGAUACUUUUCAGAUCCAUUUGAAUUCCGCCUGACCAAUCUGUAGCAGUGAUAAUUAUUUCAUGCUACAAUAAUUGCUUUUCUCCAGUGUACUUUUUGGAGAGAAUCACACAGGAUGUAAAGGCCUAAACAUCAGCAUCAUACCCAGUGGUGAGAUAAUUCAGAGAAGGAUGCACUGCUGAAGUAAUGUAAUUGUAAUAUUUUGUGUGUGUGUGUGUGUGUGUGUGUGUGUGUGUGUGUGUGUGUGUGUGUGGCAAGUGAACAUUCUCAGAGCAUAAGUCAAGUCAAUGAAAACAAUCUACCCAGGCUGAAACAUUCACGGUGAAAGAAGUACUAAAAAUAAAUGAAACAAAUGGGUGAAUUAUAUAAUUAAACUGAGGAACAAUAGAAAGAAUGAAUGUGAGAAAGAGUGAGCAGGGAGUUAGUCUCUCAGUGGGGCUGGCCCAACACUGUUAGUCAGUGCCUUACUGCAGUGUUGCAGUUGCUCCCAGUGUACUUCAGAGCUGUGCAGUACACUAACAGUAAAGAUAGACAGAAAGAGGGAAAUGUCAGACCCACAAAAAAUGCGUCAAUGUCUCAUUAUUAGGAAUUUUAUGAAUAAUGACUAAACAAUAUCUACAUUUAAAUAUAACUAUAAUUAAACUCUACCCUGUUUUACAAUAUCUGAUUAAAUAAUGUUAGUUCCUAAGAAAGAGGUUAUGUAGCAUGGAUAAGGGGUAAUUGGAAAUGAUAACCAUUGUGUAGGAAGGAAUGUGUUCGUGUGUCUUAAGUAAGCCAAGAGUGUCAUUAACCAAUGUUUGAAUCGACUCAACUAUAACUCUGUGGCGAUCACUCUGUGGCGGUUUUCCGUAUCUGGAACUGUCUGCUAAAGUGGUAAUAAAUUAUGGUGAGACUUCAGGAGUUAAUCCAGAUAUAUUGUGUGUCCUGUAUGUGCGCUAGAGAGUUGUAAUGAACUUUUGAACCUGCUUUGUCUUGGUCGAGAGGAGGAAAGACAUUUUAAAACCUAUGACAUCAUAUGUGAAAUAUAAGCUGUUGUACAUGGUUCUCAGGGCAGCGCGCUCUCGAGAAUAAAUGCUAUUGGCUAAUUUUGAUAGACUGGUCUCUGUCUAUUUUAUGCAAAUAAGGAUCUUACAAAUUCUUAGAACCAGAAAGAGUGAUUAUAAUUGAAUUGGUUAAUGAACACAUAUAGGAAUUAUUAAAUUCCUUUGACACUCAUCUGAAGAGAAACCACAGAAACAAGAUGGGAGACGGAAAGCAACCACCACACCCAAUCACCUACACAUACUUGUCAACAAAUUAGAUGUUAAAUGCUCGUUUGUUCAUCAAUCACGUAUUUAUGCAGUAAAUCCAAUUAUGGUAAA